GGCUAACCGGCGGGUUGCACUCCUCGGUUACGGAUCACCCGCCAUUUUGACCCGACAUAUUCCUCAUCGUCGUUCACCACCACGACGACCCGAUUAUAGACGCUCGUCCAGUAUAUUACGCUCCGUUCAAUCGGCGCAGCUGAUUAUUCUAAAGGGAAAUCGGUGGGAAAAAUUUUAACAUCGACAAUCGAUUAUCAAAUGACGGAGGAUAGCUUCCCAAGGGUUUCGUCUUCCGAAACCGCUUCGUCUACUGAUCCUUCAACGGUCAAACAGAGAAAAAAGAGAAAGUGGGAUCAACCUGCAGAGCCAUUGGUUUCAGCUGGAGGAUGCCAGCCUGCACUUCUUCCUUUCAGUAACAUUGGAUCUUUUGUUGGUAUCAUGCCACCAGGAAUAGUUCCAGUAUGCGGCACUCUUUUAGCAGCUCCCCUCACAUCGAAUGGUGUAACUUCCGUUCAGCAACAUGCUGUAGCUCUUGCUCAAAAAUUAAAUCAACCCAAGAUCCAGGAUGAGUUGAUAGCAAGAGAGAUUGUCAUAAAUGAUGCUGACUCCGCUGUUCGUUACAAACUCACAAAGCGCCAAACCCAGGAAGAGAUUCAGAAGAGCACAGGUGCAGUGGUAAUAACUAGGGGCAAGUACAGGCUUCCAAAUGCACCCCCUGAUGGUGAAAAACCACUAUAUCUUCACAUUUCCGCUGGAACACAUUUAGAAACAACAGUGGAAAGGAUCAAAGCAGUUGAUCAUGCAGCAGCAAUCGUGGAGGAAAUGCUGAAAGAGGGUUCAGUGAACAAUGGAUUGAAGGUUAAUCCCUCCAUGAGUACCUGUGUCUAUGUGGGCUUUGAGGCUGAAACAUCCUUGAAUAUUGCUGCUCGUAUUCGAGGACCAAAUGACCAGUAUGUAAAUCACAUUAUGAAUGAAACAGGAGCAACUGUUGUGUUAAGAGGGCAUGGUUCAGGAGAUUCCGAACCUGUACAGGGUGAAGAUGCAAAUCAACCACUGCAUUUGUUCCUAUCAAGCAAUAAUCCAAAAAGUCUCGAGCGUGCAAAGCUUUUGGCAGAAAAUCUGUUGGAUACCAUAGCUGCCGAGUUUGGUACUUCUAGGGUGUCUUCUUCUAAAGUCUAUGGUGCUGUUCCACCCCCACCACAGCUAUUGGCUGGAAGUAAGAGUUUGGGAAAUGAGUUGGAAGCAAAUAAUUUUCAAGCUGCUAAUUUGAAUGCAGCAAGUACAGGUGUAUCUGUACCAGCAGUUCCCUCAGUUACUGCUCCUGGUAUGGACAGUAAUGUUUCUCAAGGAAUUGUACCUCAGUCUUUAGGCUCGUUGAAUGCACUGCCAUCUCAACCAAACAUGAAUUACUACCCCCAUAUGUCAAUCUCAAGUGGAACAAGCUAUAUGGGUUAUGGUGGGAUUUAUCCCCAAGUCACACCCUUGCAACAAGUUGCCUUAGCCCUUAGGCAGUCUACCUCUGUCACAGCUGCAGUCUCUCCAGAAACAACAGCAGUAAACACCAAGCCUCCAGCUAGUACGAUAUCCUCCAUCCAGAAGGAAGAGCGACCACCACAUAAACGCAAAUUUCGGGAAUUACCUGCUACAGGAAAGGGCACAGCUAAUCCCCAUCAGUUGCAGGACUUGCAGCCUCCAAAGCCUCGGGAUCUAAAUACAGAUGCUGGUGCAAGAGAUAACACAACUGUUCCCGCAAAGUUGUGCCAGCCAUCAUCUAGUGCAAUGCCGCCACCUCCUCCUCCUCCCAAGGUGAUGCCAUUGGCACCACCUCCACCACCAAAAUUUAAUUCACCAACCCCUGAAGUGCAUGGGAAAAACAAUACGCCCCCUAAACCGUCAUCUGAAAUCUUCCCUGAUACCCUCGUCAAGCUAAUGGAAUAUGGAGAUGAUGAUGAUGAUGAUGUUGAUGACAUUGAGCAUGCAGCUGCUGCAGAGCCAUUGCAGAGCAAAUCAAAUGUACCAGCAGGUCCAAAACCAUUCUGGGCUGUUUAAAAUCUGCAGAUUAAUCUUCUAGAACUUUCCAUUUUCGUAUUGAGGGUGAAAUUUUUUUGCACACAAGUACCUAGAUGGAGUUGCCGGAUGGUUUGAUGCUUGGUCUAUAGCAUAGGGUGAUGUUUAAUGGUGAUUGAUUUGUGCCUAUCUGAUCAGAAAUUUGAGGGUAGGGAAUUAGGGAUGGAGUAGGGGUUGCAUUCUAGUUCAAGCCCUUCUUUGUACUUUGUACCUUUGUUGUGGAUAUUUGUUGCUUGAGAAUUUUUAACUUGGCAUAUUAUCUGCAGCAUAUAUCAAUCUGUAAAAAACACUGUAUAUGGCAUUCUAUGUUUUGUUGAUCAUUUAAAUGGCAAAUCCAAUCCUA